AUGAAAGCCCAGGCUGUCGGCGCCCGCAGUCUCACACGGGCGGCCAGCAACCCCAUUGCCCUCAGAAGCACGGCGACGGAGGCAGCUUUUGGGGGCGGAUUUGGCAUGCAGGCGAGGCGGGGAGGCGUCCCAGGGGGGGUGCCCCAGGCCGGCGGGGGGCCGGUGUUCUUUCUACUGGAGUCCACGUCGCCAAUGCCGUCCUACGACCUGAUGGCGAACCGCGAGUUGGCCGAGAGGGCCGUGGCGGGGGGAGCCGUGGCGCGUCCGCCGGCGCCCCUGGAGAGGACGGUCUUGAGAUCGGAGGCGCCGCAGCGAGAGAGAUCGGUGUCGCUGGGGCGCAGCGACUCGGACCUAGGCAGCGCAUCCGAGGGCCAGCGGGGGCGGUCCAGCGCGGGCCGCCCAGCGGCGGAGGUCGCCCAGAGCGGCGCCAGCGCGGCGAUGGACGCGGACUCCCUGCGGCGGGAGAAGAACCGCGUGCAGCAGAUGAAGUUCAGGGCCAAGAAGAAGCGCCGGGCGCAGGAGCUGGAGAGCUACGUCGUGGAGCUGCAAGAAAAGGCCCAACAUCUGAUAGUGAGGAACGCCGAGCUGGAGAGAGAGAACAACAUCUUGUGGGCUCAUGUCGAGCACCUCGGGGGUCCGGCGAGGCCGGCAGCCCUCGAGAAGAUGACUUGGAUCACGAAGUGA